GUGUACUUACACGUAACCUCUUCCUACAUUCUACUAGUAUCCUUGAAGCGUUGGCAUCUCAAUUUAAUGUUUAAUUUCUCGUAAAAGUAGCUUUACAUCAAGUGUUAUUUAUGACAAACUUUAGGAUUUUUUUUAUGUUACAAAUACAGCAAUUUUACAACGCGGAACACUUCAAUGUGUAGAAAAAUGUGUGUACUUCAAUUCUGUGUAUUCACUUUUCCAUAAUAAUUUGCCAUAAUAUUUUAAUGCAUUUUCUUAAUUAAGUAAAACAUAACCUAAAUAAUCAAAAGAAACGUCACUUUGGCAGUUAACCUAUAAAUUUCUAAAAAUAUUUUACUUUUUAACGAAAAAGCAUCUAAAAUCCAUUAAAACCAGAAAUAUCUUCAUAUUCUUAUAAGAUGUAAAAAUCAUUUAAACCAAAAAAUGGCAUAUGAAACCGCCACAGAUUUCUCAAAAAUUUGUCGCACUUGUUUACUUGAAUCAAACGAAAUGAGACCUUUGUUUACAAUUGCUGGAGAUUUAGGUUUGGUCGCUAACAUUGAAGAUAUGUUGAACUCUAUUACUUCUAUACAGGUUUGCAAAGAUGAUGGCUUACCAGACCAUCUUUGUCUCCAAUGCAUAUCUCAUUUAAACAACGCGUUUUCUUUUAAACAACUUUGUGAAAAAUCAAAUAACACAUUAAGAAACUUAUUAAAUGAAAGAGCAAACACUUUUAUGGAUUUGAAACCAGCGAUCUAUCAAAGUGAAUUAAAUUUAGAAUUAUCCCAAGAUAAUAUCGGGGAUGUAGUUGAUGGACACAAAUUAGAACUUGAAAUUAGUGAAAGUUUAACUUUUGAUUCUAUAGAAUUUGAUAAAACUCUAACAACUUCAAAUUCUUUAGCUUCUAAACCAAGUAAUGUAGAAGAAUUUGAUGAAACAGAACAACCAAUACAUCCCUGUGAACAAUGUACAAUGUGUUUUACAACUACUUAUGAUUUAAAAAUGCAUAUGAAAAAAAUUCAUAAAAGUGAAAGGCACACUUGUUAUCUUUGUAACAGAAAUUUUGCAAGUCCAAGCACUUUAUGCAGACACAUGAAAGUUCACAAUGGUUUAAAACGUCAUCCGUGCACUGCAUGUGAUAAAGCUUUUUCAAGAUCUGAUGAUUUAACACGACAUAUGCGAACUCACACAGGAGAGAAACCAUUUCGAUGCGAAAUUUGUGAAAAAUCAUUUGCACAAUCAUUUCGAUUGUUGGAACACAUGCGAGCGCAUGCUGAUGAAAAAACUUUUGUAUGUUCUGUUUGUGGAAAAGCAUUCUCUCGCUAUACAGGUCUUAUAGCACAUAAUAAAACUCAUUUAGGGCUUAAAACUCAUAAGUGUGAGUUAUGUGGAAAAAGACUUUGUGGAGCAUCUUCUUUAGCAAUGCAUAUGAAAACUCAUACGGGAGUUAGAGAUCAUGUUUGUAAUAUUUGUGGGAAAGGAUUUACAACGCCACAAAAUUUAAUUGUUCAUCGACGAACUCACACUGGUGAACGUCCUUAUAUAUGUGGUACUUGUGGAAAAGGAUUUCCAGAUCCUUCGCGAUUAAAAGUUCACAAAAGAAUACAUACUGGAAUUAAACCUUAUGCAUGUACAUUCUGCGAUAGACGUUGUGUGAGUUCUUCUCAAUUAAAUAAACAUAUAAGAUUGCAUACUGGGGAGAAGCCUUAUAUUUGUGGGAUUUGUCAUAAAUCGUUUCCAAGGAAUGAAGAUUUAAAGAAUCAUAUUAAAACCCAUACUGGGGAGAAAAAUCAUAUUUGUACACAUUGUAAUAAAGGUUUUUAUCAAGCUUCCACAUUAAAAGUGCACAUGAGGAUACACACUGGGGAAAAACCAUAUUCCUGCCCAAUUUGUCAUAAAACUUUUUCACAAACAGGACCUUUGUCAACUCAUAUGAAAUCUCAUUGAUUUAUUCUUAUUUAUUUUUAAUUUGAUGUAAUGUAAAUAAAUUUAUAUAAUU